AGGCAAAAAGGCACGAAAAAAAAAAAAAAAACAGCGAAGCGGUGAAGCGGCAAAACAGCGAAGCGUCGAAGCAACGAAGCAGCUUAGCAACAAAACCAUCUCAGUGGAAACCGUACGCGGGAACCACGCUCGAACGCAAGCGCGGCGUCCUUACCUACGAGGGAAAAAAAUACGCCGCCGCAUAAUCGACUGCUACAGAACAGCACAGAAAUAAACAGCGAGGAGGAAGGCUAACCCCAUUUGGCAGACGCAGCGGUGAAGGUACAGCUCACUUUACCCCCACGUCGAACGGACGAAUGGGAUGAACCGCCCCCCUGGAAAAAUGGAGGAUUCCAGUCCGCAGAUCCCCAAAAAGGAAAAGAAAAUAAAAAAGGGCCAAAGGCCCAUGGUCGUCAGCAACAGGAAGCCAUUCAACAUUUUUGAGAAGAAGAAAACGGCCAAGCCGAUCGUCCGCGACCCCCGAUUUUCGAACCUCUCAGGCACGCUCAACCCGAGCUUCUUCAAAAAGGCAUACAAAUUCCUGUUUGACAAGAGAGAGGAGGAAAAGGAAAUCAUCGAGCAAAAGCUCAAGGGGAAGAAACUGACGCAGGAGGAGAGGCAAGAGCUGAAGAACAAGCUAAGUACCUAUAGGGACACUGAGCGGAAGCUGCAAAGGAAAGAGGAGGAGCGAAAACUGAAACAGGAGCUUGUCACGGAGGAGAAAAAAAAUAUACUGCAUAAGAAGAAGCAGCCAUUUUACUACAGCCAGCGAAAAAUUAGAAAGAUGGUGAAUGAGCAGAUGGCCAGCAAGGGGGGCAUUAAGAAGGCUGUGAAGAAGGAGAAGAGGGUUGUGCAGAGGGAGCGCAAGAGGAACCUUAUCCCGGAGAGGCGCCACGUCGCCGACGGCGUGUAA